AAACUGUUUGGUUCGAUUUGAUUUUAAAGUUCCUAACCACACUUUUUGCUUCACAUUGAGUAUUUGUUAUUAUAAAUUAAUUAUUAUUUUCAUCAUUCCAAUAAUAGUGCACAUUGUAUGUGAUUUAUAUAAUAGAAAGACAUGACCACAACACCAGUCUCUAAAUCAAAGUUAUCAUGUAGAGUGGUAAAAAGUAAAACAGAUGCCAAAAAAGAAGUUGAAUCUCCUACACUUCAGUCAGUCGCGACCACCCCAAUUAAAAAUGGGCAUGUUAAUGCAGAUACUGACUACAGUCCAUUGUACUUUCCCCUCACACAAGAAACAAAUGAAGAAAUUGAUGUUCUCUGGGACUGGCAUUCGCCUCAAACCAGCCAAAGAAAAAGAAGGACGCAGAAACGGUUAAUACCUGCCCAAUCUCCAAAAUUUCCCCUCAAGCGACAUCCUUCGAACAACAACAACACUCAAAAUUUUGAGAGAUUGCGAAAUGAGCUUAAAAUUUUACAAGAAGAAUUGGCGAUGCCGGAUGAUGAAAGUUGUUUGUGUGUUUCGCCACAACAGGAAAUGGAAAUUAAAAGGGAUGAAAGCAAUAUUUUAAGUUUAGAGCAAAAUUGUGAUGAAUUCGAAGAUUUGUUUAAUGAUUCCAUAGAUGAAGAACUUGUUUUGUGUAGCCAGAAAAUAGAGCAAGAGUUGGAAAGUAAAAGUGGUAUUAACAACGCACGAGUGGAUUUGUCUACAAAUAUUUGUGAUAAUACAGAGAUAAAUAGUUUAAUUAACAAGUAUAAUGACAAAAAAAUUAUCACUUCUAAUAGGGAUUUAGCACAGGAAAGUUUUGACAUUUCAUUUGAUACCUUUCGAACAGAGGACAGAAAUUUAGGUGUGCAAGUAUCAAAACAUUCUAAGCUGACUUUACAAAGAACACUUUCUGAUAUUCCUGUUAAUAAAACUAAUGUUAUACACACAGCAUCUGGGAAGUUGGAAUUUCAUAGAACAAAGAGCUUUGAACUAGCUGGACUUAACACACAUAAUCAGAACUUAUCAAAGACUACCUUGGAUGAGAUUGAAAGGAAACGACUUGAAGCCAAAGCUAAAUUAGAAUUAAAGAAACAAAAAGACACAUUCAUAAGAUCACCAGACAAAUGUUCACCUGAAGAAAUAGAGAAAAAAAGAUUACAAGCGCUUGCUAAAUUGGAAGCGAAACGAAUACAGGAUAUUGUAGAAAAGAAAAGACAAGAAGCUUUGAAAAGGCUACAAAUCAGUAGAAUGAAAAAUGCUUCUCAAGUAAAAAGUACGCUGACAACUAGACUUUGAACAAAAUAGUUUACAGUAGUAAGUUAAGAGUUAUAUUUGUUAAUCCAUAUUUUCACUACAUUUAAAUUGAUUAUUAAAAAAACCAAAUUUGUAUGAAA